GAAUAUGAACUUCAGCCCUUACUUCUCCGAGACGCGCCUGCGUUGUUAUAUCGCCUUCAACAACAAGCUGCAGCGCAAGGAGUCGCUCUUCCAGAUGGCGUAUGUCUUCGCUUGCCUGGAGCAUCAGAAAUUCCCCUCGUUCUACGAUCCCAAAUACCCUUGCCGUACGCGUGAGCUCUUCGUCAAAGCUCUUGUCGACAACCCUCGAGAAUUCAAGGUCUACUCUCGCACCACGACCCAGACUUUGCUGCAGAAGACCUCUUUCCAAAUGGGCGAGUGGCGUAGGAUGAACUGGAAUAGCCUGACCCGCACGCUCUUCCCUUCUGAAGACCAUGCUACUGGCGCCCCCGCUGAGCUGCCCGAAGCCCCUUCCACCGGCUUCGAUCACGAAAUCAAGCCGAAGCCGAAGCCCAAGAAGCGCGGUGCACGCGGCAAGAAGAAGAAAGCAGCCGUUGAUGAAGACGCAAUGGAUGUUGAUCCUCCCGCAGCCUUCACCGACGCCAAUGCUUCAACUUCCUUGGACAACCCAGUCCCCUCCAAGAAACCUUUCCGAACAACCUCCGUCGUGCUCGAUGGUCGGCGUCUCUCACCUCUUCGCAAGGAGCGCCCCAUCUUGGACAAACUGAUGAUGAAAUAUCCCGCUUACCAUCUGCUUGGUGAGAUUGAUCAGGCUUCAGAUGACUUGGGCGAGGAGACUCGGCUCGCUCACCCCGUUGAGCAAGGUACUGCCGAUCUGGAUGAUCUUUCAGGGCUCAUGGAUCUCGCAAAGAUGCAGGAAGAGGACGUUAUGGGCUUCCUGUACAACGACUGGUUCUUGAUCAGCAAGAACUUCUACGAUUGA